AUGUAAUAAAAUGAAAAUGAUCUCAUAUAAAAUGAUAAUAAUCAACAAUUCAUUUUAUAAUAGGAAUAAUAAGAACUAAAUUAAUAACAAGAGCAAAAUGAUAAGAAACCUCAAACAACCUUAGAAUAAUCAAAUGGAAAUUAAAAAUAAAAUGAACAAUUUAAUAAUACUUCUUAAUUUACAAAUAAUCAAUAGUAAGAAGUGAAUAAAGAGAAAACAACAUUAGACACUGAUUAACAAGGUGAAACUUAGGAGGCUCUAAAUGAAAAAGAAUAGUUUGAAAAAUAAGAGUAACCUAAUUCAUAAUAGGAUAACAUCAAUAAAAUUGAGGAAAAUUAGUAAAUAUAAAUUGUUGAUCAAACUAUUUAAAAUGGUUAAAAUGCUUAACCUUCAAAUAAUCAUGAAGUCUAAUAAGGUUAAAAAGAAAAUUAGUAUAAUAAAGUAGAUUAAUAAGAACAAGAAUAAAAAAAAUAAAAUAAGAAGAAAGAAGAUAAUCAAGUAGAAAAUUAGGGUUAAAGAAGCAAUUUAAAAAAGAAAACAACUAAAAGAAGAACUACAAAAGUAGAAAUAUAAGAAAAUCUAGAAUAAAAUAAUCCUAAUUAAUCAAACAAUGAUAUCAAUUAAUAGAAGUAGGACACUGAUCAAAAUAAUUAAGAGAAUAAGGAGAAAGCAGAUUUAGAAUUAAAUUAGCAAUAGAUAGAGGAAUAAUAAUAAAAAGAAGAAUUAUUGAAGAAAUAAGAAUAGGAAAAAUAAGAAUAGGAAUAAUAAGAAAAACUAUAAAAAUUAUUAUUAAAAGAGAAAUUUCUAAAGGGUAUGAUUUUUCCUUUAAGAAGCUAAAAAAGAAAAGGUAAAUAAGUAGAUUUAAGUUUUGAAAUUGAAAGUGAUAAAUAUUAAGUAGAAAGGAAAGAGUGUAAAAGUGCUUAAAGAUAUUAAAGAGAAAAGAAACCAAGAACAAAGAGUGUUAUUAAUAAAGAAUUAGUUGAUUUUUAUAAUAAAAUGAAUCCUGAAAAACCAUUUGAUCAAAAUGCAAUGACUCCAAAUACGCUACAACGUAGAAAAAAAUAAUAAGAGUUAGAUGAGAUGAAGAGAGAUUGUUAAAGACUUGAAGAAUAACAAAAUUCAUAAUCUUUACCAUAAAAAUAAUAAAAAACUUAAAUAUAUAUUAAAUAAAGAAAUUCAACAUAACCAAAAAAGAAAUUAGAAGUAUUUAUAAGAAGACUUAAAAAACAAAAGGUACGAAAUGGUCUUAGAGAGAGAAUGUUAAUAGAUAAAGAUAAGGAUUCUUAAUUAAAAGCAUUAGAUUUUAUUAGAAAAAUGUAAUAGAAUAGAAUGGCAGCAGAAUUAAAAAGAUAAGAAUAGUUGGAAAAAGUAAGUUAUAAAAUUUCAAGUGAUUUAUAAAGUUUGAGGUAGAAUAAUUAAAGAUAUAGAGAAGAAUAAUAAAAAUAAAAAAGAAAACAAGCGCUUGAAUAAAUUGCAAAAUAAGAAUAAAAAAGAUAUGAAAUGAUGUUAGAAUAAUAGAAAACUGAAAAAUUUGUUAGAGAAUUAAAAGAAAAGUCUGCUGUGGUUAGUCAUUAUAGUGCUAAGAAAUUAGCAUUAGGUUCUCCUUUAUCUCUAGUAAAAGAAUUAGAAAAUGGAUAAAUCAAAAUUGAAUAAAAUAUUGAUACUAAUAGAAAAAUGAAUGAAAAUUAAUUCAUACUUAAAGAAGAAUAAAAUAAAUUAAUAAAAGAAACUAAAAAAAAGUAAUAAGAUUAAAUUAAGUAAGUAAAUUAAAUGAAUCUUCCUAAAAUAAAUGAAAAGAAAAAUUUUGAAAUGUAAAAACAAAAUUUUACUAUUGAAAAUAAAGAAACUUUUCCUGAAAUUAAACCAAAACCUAAGAAAGCUUGGUAAAUAGAAUAAGAAUUAUAACAAAAAAAAUAUAAAAAUAGUGAAUAAUUCAAGGAAUGA